CCGAACCCGAUUAGUGGAACCUAUUGACUAGUUGGUUCCAGAAUUGACAUUCAUUUUUUAGCAGUAUCCGAAUUGCAAAAGGAGUCGUUCCUUUGCAGUUUGGAAUGAAAUGAACCUCCUAUCAUUAGAGAGAAGCAUGAUGUAUAGUGUUGUUUGUUAACUAAACAAGUUUGAAUAUAUUUUCCUGUAAUACAAUAUAUAUUCUGAUAUGAUCUAUAAUUUAAUGUUUAUUCUAAUAUAAUAUAUAUUCUGAAUAAGAUUUAGACAAUACUAAACUUUAUACUCAGCAAUCUUGUAUGAUUUAUUUUCAAAUUCUUGUGUAAUAUCUUAUGAACUAAGAUCGAUUUCAUCGAAGCGAAAAAAUAUUUUUCCGCCGUUCUGAAAGUUUCCAGAUUUGAACCCUCCAGUUCUGAAAGCAAAGAUCUGUCUAGUAUAAACGAUCGGAGUAAAUUUGGUAUGUCACUGAAGGUCAACUGUUGUCCUGUGAAUAUGGUGUAGAAGUUUGGAGAGGGGUUGCUUCUUAGUCAUCAUCUGCCAAAAGUUCAAAAUUAUAAAAUGGAACAUUUGUGGAAACUUAGGCUGUUUAAAUCAGUAUCAAGGACAAUAAGAAUCAAAUCAGUUCAAAAUCUUUGUUCAGCUUCAUGCACUCAUCUACUUCAUUCUGGUUUUGUGCAAAAGCAACCACAAAUUUCAUUACCUGUUGUUUUUCAAGUCCGCAGUUAUGCAAAAAAGGUCCAAGGAAAAAAAGGAGGAAAGCAAAAGCAUGUAAAGUUAAGUGAUGAAGAGAUGGCUGAAGUUAUUGACAUUGCAGAAUAUAAAGCUCAAUUAAGAGCUGCUGUUGACAAGCUCAAAAAGAAUUAUGUUGAGAAUCUUAAUCUUCGUUGGACUGGCAGUAAUGUUGGUAAUUUAAGAGUUAAGUUACAAGAUGAAGAAUUUGCCUUACAUGAACUUGCACGUAUAUCAAGAAAAAAUCCCCAGUUGGUUGUUUUAAAUAUGUCAGAGUUUCCUGAGGUAAUAAAACAUGUUGUUCAAGCCAUUAAUGAAUCUGGGAGUGAAAUGAAUCCACAACAAGAAGGAACAAUGAUAUACUUGACUAUUCCUAAGUUAUCAAGGGAUACCAGAGAAGUAUUAUCCAAGAAUGCUAAAAUAAUGUGCAAUAAAGCAAAAGAGGAAAUACGAGAGUUACAAAAUCAUUAUAUUAAAGUUGCAAAAAGCAAAAAAGAUUUAUCUGAAGAUUUAAUUUUUAAUGCAACAAAUCAAAUCAUGGCAUUAUCAGAUAAAGCCAUGGAUGAAUUAAGAGUUGUCUUGAUGACAAAACAGCAUGAUAUUUUGGGAGAUAAUGAAGGAUCAUUGUAAACAAUUAAUUAAAAUUGUAUUUUGGGUAUAGCAUUUUUAAUUUGUUAAAAAUGAGUAUGAAAUGAAAUAAUGUAAUUAAUUCUCUGAUAAUAAAAUACUGAGAUUUUUUUAACCUCA